AAGAGAGAGAAAUAAGUAGUACUUAAAUAAUUAUCAAAAUACACAUUCUUGAAAACUAUUUCAAUGAAAAGAAAACUACAACAAGGGAACUAAUUAAGAAACAAAGGUUGAGACAAAUGGAGAUCGAUCUCUCCCUCAAGCUCGAUGCAAAAGAACGUUCAAACAAACUCGAAGACACGUUUUUAUCUCUCGAAUCAAAGGUGCAAGAAGAUGAUGAAAAUACUCUUACUUCUGAAAAAGAGUCUUGCAAGAGUUUCACGAAAGAAGAGCUGUCGAUUAUGAAGAUGAAGAUGAACCGAAUGAGAGAGGAGAAUAAAUUCCUAAGGGACGCGGUGGAGAUGACCAUGAAAAAUUACAAUAACUUGCAGAUGAAAUAUAAUAUGAUUCAAAAAAACGCUCUAAAGAUCAAGGAUCCCAAUAUGGUUUUCUUGCCUAAUAAGGCCGACGCCACUGGUGAACCGGAUAAAAGUAUUUCCGGAUUAAAUAGCGACCGAGCAUCAACAUCGCAAGAAGAAGAUGAUGUUAGAGAAAAUAUUGAUGAUGAUGAUGACGACUAUGAAUUAGGGUUAUCUUUAAGGGUCCCUAAUAGUAGUACUAAAGUCGAAGUUGAUGGACACCAAGAAAUAAAGGAAAAAAGAGAAGAGGCCACGAGAAGGUUUAUGCCCAUACAAAGUGAGCUAAAUAGCAACAACUUGAAUGGGUUUAUCAACAAUAAUAUGAUGAUCAAUUCUCCGCCUAAUAAAAGAGCUAGGGUUUCUGUGAGGGCGAGAUGUGAAGGAGCUACAAUGAAUGAUGGGUGCCAAUGGAGAAAAUACGGGCAAAAAAUUGCUAAAGGAAAUCCAUGCCCACGGGCCUAUUAUCGUUGCACUGUAGCUCCUGCUUGCCCAGUUAGAAAACAGGUCCAACGAUGUCUGGAAGACAGAUCAAUCCUAAUCACGACAUAUGAAGGAACACACAAUCAUCCACUCCCAAUAGGUGCAGCAUCAAUGUUAUCAACAGCAUCAGGUCCUGCCAAUUUUUUAAUGUUGGACGCUAACAAUCAUCCAUUUCCGACCAAUAGAACGCCACCUUCGACCCUAAACUAUCCGCAUUAUCCGUAUGGACUUCACAACAUCAACAAUAGCCCUCUUCUCAUAAAUCCCUCCUCUCUUAAUUACAUACCAAACCUAAGAGGCCUAAACCCUAACUUUCAUCAUGACCCUACAAGGGGCAUUGUACUUGACCUCACAAACAAUGUUGGUAGCUCCUCAAACUCCAUGUCCCCACUAGGGCAUUCCAAUUGGAUGCCUAAACAAGCCAAUUUCAAUGGUAACACCAUUCUAAGCCAACUUUUUGCUAGCCCUAAUAGACAUUUGGUACAAGAUAUGGGGCACAAAGUACUUGAUCAUCAAGGGAUUAUUGGUAGCAAAUCUCCAAUAAUGGUGGCCGAAAAUGCGAGUCAAAUUGCUACCGAUCCUAAGCUUAGGGUCGCAGUUGCCGCAGCUCUUUCGUCACUCAUAAAUAAAGAAAGUCAAAUAAGCCCUACAAAUAUACUCUCAAAAGAUGGGGAGAACUCUUGGGUUUUGGAAUCGAGUAAGUCUAAUAUCCAAGGUUCGCCAGCCGAGUGAUCCGAAAUUUAAAGUGCUGUUUGGAGGAAGAUUUCGGCGAUUGAUGAUCAAUUGUAGAUUUUAUUUGUAUCACAAAGUGAUAUAUAAUUAAUGUGUUAGUAGCAAUUUAAAUUUUCUUUGUGCUAAUUCAGUCAUAAAUGAUAUGAUUACAUAUAUAUUUAUAUAAGUG